AUGUGCUCCCGCCAGGACAAGGACCAGUGCCACCGGCAGCAGCGCCAGAGCAGCGGCGGCUGCCACAGCUCCGGUGGUGGCUGUCACAGCUCCGGUGGUGGCGGAUGUCACAGCUCCGGUGGCAGCUCUGGGGGCUGUCACAGCUCUGGUGGUGGCGGAUGUCACAGUUCUGGUGGUGGCGGCUGUCACAGCUCGGGCGGUGGCGGCUGUCACAGCUCCGGUGGCUCCGGCUGCCACGGGAAGCCGCAGAUGCCGGUGCAGCAGCAGCAGCAGCAGCAGCAGGUGCCGCAGAUGCCCCAGCAGAAGAUGAAGUGA